AUGGAAUAUGAAAUUGGGGGCCUGAUUCUGGCCUUACUAUUAUGGGCUGCAUGGAAAAUUGCAACGGCGAGUGGACAGCGACAGUUGAAGGAAGUUGGGCGGUUGCCGCCAGGACCGACGCCAUGGCCGGUGGUAGGUAAUAUUUUUCAACUGGGUUUAGGCGCACCUCAUGAGUCAUUUGUUAAGUUGGCUAAGAAGCAUGGCCCGGUAAUGACAAUCUGGCUGGGGUCAAUGAACACGGUGGUGAUUUCAUCAAAUGAGGCGGCGCGUGUAAUGUUCAAGAAUCACGACGUAGUUUUGGCGGGAAGGAAAAUAUAUGAAGCCAUGAAAGGAGAUUAUGGCAAUGAGGGGUCACUAAUAACGGCCCAAUAUGGUCAGCACUGGCGGAUGCUACGGCGCUUGUGCACCACCGAGUUCUUUACAACGAGUCGACUCGACACCAUGCGAGUUGUACGAAGACAGUGUAUUGAUCAAAUGGUGCAAUUCAUACACGAAUCGGGUGAGUCGGGAACUACUGCUAUUGAUAUCAGGAGAUUCUUUUUCUUGAUGGCUUUUAAUCUUAUGGGCAACCUCAUAUUUUCAAAGGACCUUUUGGAUCCGAAAUCCGAAAGAGGAUCCGAAUUCUUUUUCCAUGCAGGGAAGGUUAUGGAGUUUGCAGGUAAGGCAAAUGUUGCAGAUUUCUUCCCAAUUCUAAGACGGCUUGAUCCACAAGGAAUAAGAAGAAAAACGCAGUUUCAUGUUAACCACGCUUUUGAUAUUGUUGGAGAAUUCCUCCAAGAGAGGUUGAGAACCAUGGAGAAUGAUUGUAUUCAAAAGAAGAUAAGAGAUUAUUUAGACGUGCUUUUGGAGUAUCGAGGAGAUGGUACAGAAGGACCUUGUAUAUUUGGUCCUAGAACUAUAAACGUCAUCAUCUUUGAGAUGUUCACCGCAGGGACCGACACCACCACUAGUACACUAGAGUGGGCAAUGGCGGAGCUCCUCCACAACCCCGCCACGCUUCAAAAAGUUCAGGCUGAGCUAAGAACCCUAACUGACGGCGGAGAGAAGAUUGAAGAGGAAAACCUUAAUAAACUCCCAUACCUUAACGCCGUCAUCAAGGAGACGUUAAGGUUACACCCACCUCUCCCUUUCUUAGUCCCUCAUAUGGCUAUGGACUCAUGCAAAAUGUUUGGCUAUUUUAUUCCCGAAGAGACCCAAAUUCUUGUAAAUGUCUGGGCCAUUGGGAGGGAUCCGAAAACUUGGAAAGACCCGUUGGAAUUUAAACCCGAACGGUUUUUGGAGCCAAAUAUGGUGGAUUACAAAGGGCAGCAUUUUGAGUUUAUACCAUUCGGAUCUGGCCGGCGUAUGUGCCCGGCGGUGCCGUUGGUGGCUCGGGUGCUGCCCUUGGCUUUAGGCUCGAUUUUGCAUUCAUUAGAUUGGGUUUUAGCCAAUGGACUGAAAGCAGAAGAAAUGGAUAUGAGUGAAAGAAUGGGGAUAACUUUGAGGAAAGCUAUUCCAUUGAAGGCAAUUCCAGUACCGUACAAGGGAUGA